AUGGCGUCAGACACAUCCGCUCAGCAGCAACACGGUCAAGAACAGAGGGACCGUCGUCUUGUAUAUACCAACCCACCUCCUGCUCCUCGCUCACCUGAAAGAAUUGUCGCAGCGAAGAAGAAAACAAUCGAUAAGAAACUCCUCACCGUGCACAAUCCAAAGUGGUGCCUGGCGAAACGACAACUUAUAGACAUGUGGAACAUGGAGGCCGCGAUCUGGCGGCCGGCUAAGGAAUACAGGAGGGAGUAUAAGAGGGCCAAGUACAAGAUGUUGGCACCGGCGAGGAAGUACGAACUGAACGAAGUGUACAAAUAA